AUGAUGACAUCAAAGGUCGAAGGACAGCAUUGAAACUUGUUCUCCAUUUUAAUCAGAAAGCAUGCAGAAGCUGUUCAGAUGAAUGCUAGCAAGUGUAUUGCUUUGCUGUUAUGUGUGAAGCUCUGAGCUGGCAUAUAUGUGCGUUAAAUCUGCUGAGUGCUAGCAUGUGAAUACUCUUCUCAUGUGAAUAAUGAGACAGCAAGCAGACUGAGGGCUAAUGAAAUGCUUUCUGAAUGCCAGCAGCUAUGCAGCUUUGGUUUGUUGUUUCCUAAUGAUAUGUGAAGUUAUAGUACUGUGAUAAGUGUUAGGGUCUGCAGAUUUCGUCUCGAGUCCCACUUUUAUUCUACUGUAAUUGCAUGCUGAUAAGAUGUUUAGCAGAAGCAGUGAAGAAGAGCUCUAUGCCUGUGUGUUUAUUGCCUCCGAUGUCUCAGUCUGGACACAGCCAGUAUCUGAUCUGCAUUUCAACAACAACAACAACAGCAGCUCUUCAUCUGUGACUGUGGGAAGUCAAGUGGCCUUCAAGUUACCAGUCCAGUUUACUGAUGAGGAAAGCAAACAGGUGAUUCUGGGGGAGCAAGACCAAGAAGGGACAAUCUUGGCUGUGUGUGCUGGUUUUGAACUUUGCAAUGAAAAACAGAAGUAUUACAAAAGGCUAAUAGAUGAAAACAAAUGCAGUUCACCUGCUGAAAUCCUGAAUUUGCUUGUCAACGAUGCAAACAGAAGUGACUGUAGCAUCAGUUCAAAUAUUACUUCCAAAAGUGGAGUUCAGCUUCUGGAUGCUGUGCAUGAGAGUAUGCCAAGUAAAAGGAGAAAAGCAGGAGAACUUCUGAGCGUACCUCAUCAUAUGUCUAACAUAAAUGAGUCCUUCAUGCCUGUAACAGUAACUCAGGUGCCAAAUGCUUGGAAUGCACCUGACUGGUGUGAACCAGCAGUACCUGUCAAAUCUGAACAGGCAGAAGAGAUGAGAGCAAGAAACCCAGCAGAGAACAACUAUCUGCAAAUGCCCUGGAAUGACCUGCAACCACAGGAAGAAGAAAAGGGAGAAGGGGAGAAUCCCUUUGCGGUUUUAGAAAAAUUGAUAAAAGAAAACCAGAUGCUAAAGAAGGAAAAUGCACGUUUAAAGCAGAUGCUUCAAGCAGCUCAAAAUGCUAUACCAUUUAGGCUGCUUUCUCAAGACACUCGACAGUCAGCAGUGUUCUACCUACGGAUGGUUUUGGAACAGCUUGAGGGAAUUGUUAGCCCACCAUGGUAUAAUGAAACAAUGGGUAGAAAUCUCAACAGUUCUCCAGCAACAGAAGUAAGGAAAUCACCUCAGGACAAGAAUUUGAGACCUUUAGUUGUUGAUCCCGCUGACCCAGAGAGAUUUUCUGAAGUGCUUGUGGAUUCCAACAAAUUGUACAAUGUGGUGAAAAAGGCCAGAGAGCAAAAAGUGCAUGAGGGUGGCUGUUUGCUGAAUGGAGUCAUAGACUUGGUUUUUACUGCUAAGGAGCUCUCUGAAUCUCACGGUUUAGGGUUGAAAGGCAAGAACAAAGAAGACAAAGCCCUUGACAGGGUUAAAGUAGCUGCUUGUGAAGUAUUUCUGCGACAGACAUGUGCCAAAGAGGGUUGGAAAGAGCCAAGUCAACUUGAAUUUAGGAAGAAAUUUACAGCCAAAAUUUGUAACUCAAGGAGGGAUAUGAAAUCUUCAGCACAGCAAUAACUCCAAACUUUUUUCAAAGCAGUUGUAUUUCAAAUAUGAAUGGAAUGACUUGGAAAAUUGAAUUAACAUGUAGUUUGCAGUAUUAUUUAGCUAUGACUAAAAUGUCAAAAUUGCAGAGGGACUCCAUCAUAUUAAAUAGCUUUCUCAUUCAUUUAUAAACUGUUAGGAAAUAAGCAUAUACUUAGAUCAAAUGCAGGCAACAUAACUUCUAUCUAUACAUAUAUAUUUAAGAAUUUAGAACAUAAUUUUAUAACUCAGAAACUACUACAAUGUUAGUAAAUUGUGAAUAAGCGUACUGCAUAUGACCCAUUUUCAGAAGUAAUAUUUAUAAAUAAAAUUCUGAACAACA